AUGGCAGAGCACAACGUUGGUGCUCUUGUUGCUCUCUCGCCUCCCGAAUACGGCGACAACGUCUGGGAGGCCAAACAGGUCGAGCUUCACCGCAACCUACCCCCCGGAGAUGACCAGGGACGCCAUUCAAUUGAUUGGAGCUUUGGUCCUAUCAAGAUCAGCGGCUACGUAGAUACCAACACUUUCGAAGUCGGUUUGACCAUCACUGUCACCGGCAUUGACCUCGGCAACAUCUUUGGCAACCUCAAGGACGGCGUCAACAUUAAGGUCAAUUUACUGACCACCAAGGGCGAGAUUCGAAUUUAUCUCAAGAAUGGCAACGAGGUCUGGGUCCAUCUGGAUGUCAAGAUAGUCUUCGACGGCAGCUAUCAGGGAGAUUACAAGAUCAUCACUAUCUGA